AGUCCGUUGUGUCUUUCGUCUUCUGCUGGAGACACGCCGGAAGAGAAGUGUUUAUGUUGUGCCUUGUGAAUACGGACAAAUGAAAAGAUGUUUACUCAUGUGGGUUUCCAUGUUUAUGUGAAAUGAACAAAAGUGUUGUACAACAGACAGCGAGAUAAAGAUGUUUUGCCAAUACCGUGCACCUGUGUGUCUCGCUCCAACUCCGGGACUAAUGGCAAGGAAUGGCACUUUGUUGGACCGAAUUUCUUGUCAUAUUCUGAAGUCAGGUCAUGAUCGCGUUGUAGGCCUACGUCGAAACUUCUCGUGUCUUACUACUGAUGUUUUCCAAAAUGCUUGUGUGAAAGGGAACAGUGUAAAACCUAAGGGCAAUGAGUGUCAUUACCCAGCCUUCGCAACUUCGGAAUGCAGAAAAAAUAAAUAUUUUAUACAUUCAUAUGACUCAAAGUUAGGGACAACAAGAAAUUUAUUCUCAACAGCCACAGUUGUUGGCCAGAAUGAAGCACAGAAGAAAAAAGAUAUUAGGAUAGGUCCCGGACUUGAAUACUUCAUAGCAAAUAGUUCAGGGGCAACACAAAAUGAAAGAGUCUUUUCCAAAAGAGAUUUAGAAAAGCUUUCCCACCCAUACGUUGAUGUGGCAGAUAUCCAGGGCAAUGGGCGCAAGGUUUACUUUGAUGUUUAUGGCUGCCAGAUGAAUGUAAAUGACACAGAGGUUGCAUGGUCCAUCCUCCAAUCCCAUGGCUACCAACGCACCAAUGUCAUCAGGGAAGCAGAUGUUGUUUUGGUCAUGACCUGCUCUAUCCGAGAAGGGGCUGAGCAAAAGAUAUGGAACAAGCUUGACUACUUGAGAGGCUUGAAGAACAAACGACUCGCAAACAAGAAGGCUACCCCUAUGAAGAUUGGGAUAUUAGGAUGCAUGGCAGAGAGACUGAAGAAGAAAUUGGUUGAGAAAGAGAAGAGCAUUGAUGUUGUUGUUGGGCCAGACAGCUACCGUGAUCUUCCAAGGCUUCUGGCCAUAGUUGAGAGUGGAGAAACAGCUGUAAAUGUCCUGCUUUCAAUGGAGGAAACUUAUGCAGACAUUGUGCCAGUCAGGCUUUCAGAGAACAGACAGUCAGCCUUUGUGUCUAUUAUGAGGGGCUGUGACAACAUGUGCACAUACUGUAUCGUGCCUUUCACAAGAGGACGGGAACGAUCUAGACCGGUGGAGUCCAUUGUAGAAGAAGUGCGUCACCUUUCAGGUGAAGGUGUAAAAGAAGUCACUCUACUAGGACAAAAUGUUAACAGUUAUCGAGACACUUCAGUCAUGCAGCAUGCAGGUUUCUCUGAGGAUGAGAAACAGACAUCUCUUGCCAAAGGCUUCAAAACGGUGUACAAAACCAAGAGAGGGGGUCUACGAUUUGCCGACCUUCUUGAUAGGGUAUCACAGGUUGACCCUGAAAUGAGAAUUAGGUUUACAUCCCCACAUCCAAAGGAUUUUCCAGAUGAGGUCCUAUACCUGAUUCGAGACAGAAAUAAUAUAUGUAACAGUAUUCACCUCCCAGCACAGUGUGGAAGCAGUAGAGUUCUUGAGCUCAUGCGGAGAGGAUAUACAAGAGAAGCAUAUUGCGAAUUGGUGUCACACAUUAGAUCCAUUAUCCCAAGUGUCUCGCUGUCCUCAGACUUCAUUUGUGGUUUUUGCUCAGAAACCGAGGAAGAGUUUGAGGAGACCUUGACCCUGCUACAGUGGGUCAAGUACAACUAUUGCUACCUCUUUCCAUACAGCUUACGAGAAAAAACUCCUGCUCAGCGUAAACUAGUCGAUGAUAUUUCUCAUGAGGUGAAACUCAACCGCUUACAAAGGAUGGUACAGGUGUUCAGGACUGAAGCCAGCAAAGUCAACAAAGCUCAGAUUGGACAGCAGCAGCUAGUGCUAGUAGAAGGCAGGAGCAAGAGGUCAAAAAGAGCAUUUGUUGGGAGAAAUGAUGGUAAUACAAGAGUUAUCUUCCCAGACGUAGAAGUGGAAAGUGGCAGUGAACGAGCGACUCGAAGCGUCAAGGAGGGGGAUUACGUGUCUGUGGUUAUCACGGAUUCUACAUCUCAGGUUCUCAGGGGCAUUCCCCUGUCUGUCACCUCCCUGCAAGCCUUUUCUAAUGGCCUUUGAAUUUGUCACUUUGUAGAUUCAUGAUUGGAAGACCGUGCAAAUGUAUGAAGAAAAAGGUCUGUAUAUUUUAAAUAUAACAAAUAUAUAUUAAGUCUUUGUUACUCUAAUCCCAAUAGAAUAUUUUGUGGACACUAAGAAAGAAAGAUAGACAGAUAGAUAGACAGACAGACAGAUAGAUAGAUA